AUGCCUGGCAUAGCCAAUGGGUUGCAUGCAGAUGUUGCUGAACUCUCCACCCCCAUUGGCCCCAACCGCCAUGGCCGGUGGCCACAGAGAAUUGGAAUUAAAACCAGCAUCGUUAGGGGGCCAAGAUGCUCAGUUCAUUUCAAUGGGCUGACUUUCAACUGUCUUUUGAGUCUCAUUGAAAUGCACUUGGAUGGUGAAGCUACUAUGCUUUGGCAACAGGCCUUUCGAUAUAUAUAUCUAUAUUUUUUUCUGGGAUUUCAUUUGCUCAAAUAUAGAUUCUGGCAAACACUUCAGGCACGUUCUGUGCAUCUCUUGGGAAUCACCCCUGCCCCCUUUUCAGGUUUAAAGAUGCUUUUCCUUUCUGAGCUAAUCAGUAAAAACAAAACAAAACCCAAGAGCGCAUUUCUGUUUGAAUGUGUACCUUCAUAUUCAUGCCUUUAG